CUGUCUUUUGUGCUUGAUUCCUUCAGACACGAUGACCUGAAGGAGAUGCUGGACAGUAAUAAAGACUCCCUGAAGCUGGAGGCCAUGAAACGCAUCGUAGCGAUGAUCGCACGUGGUAAAAAUGCCUCGGAUCUUUUCCCUGCAGUGGUGAAGAACGUGGCCUGUAAGAACAUCGAGGUGAAGAAGCUGGUGUAUGUGUAUCUGGUGCGCUACGCUGAAGAGCAGCAGGAUCUCGCUCUGCUCUCCAUUUCUACCUUCCAGAGAGGAUUGAAGGACCCGAACCAGCUGAUCCGAGCGAGCGCUCUGCGUGUGCUGUCCAGCAUCAGAGUGACCAUCAUCGUCCCCAUCAUGAUGCUGGCCAUCAAAGAGGCGGCGUCAGACAUGUCUCCAUACGUCCGCAAGACCGCAGCACAUGCCAUCCCAAAACUACACAGUCUGGACCCAGACCAGAAAGAUCAGCUGAUUGAAGUGAUCGAGAAGCUGCUGGCUGAUAAAACCACACUGGUGGCAGGCAGUGUGGUGAUGGCGUUUGAGGAAGUCUGUCCUGACCGCAUUGACCUGAUCCACAAGAACUACCGUAAGCUGUGUAACUUGCUGAUCGACGUGGAGGAGUGGGGUCAGGUGGUCAUCAUCAACAUGCUGACGCGCUACGCCAGAACACAGUUCCUCAACCCCAACAUCAACGAGUCUCUGUUGGAGGAGGGCAGCGAGAAGGCUUUCUACGCCUCUGAUGAUGAGGAAGAUGAAGAUAAGAAAGCCGAGGCGGCUGCUCUGGCCAAGAGGAAGCCGUAUGUGAUGGACCCAGAUCACAGACUACUGCUAAGAAACACCAAACCUCUGCUGCAGAGCCGCAACGCUGCCGUGGUGAUGGCAGUGGCUCAGCUCUACUUCCAUUUGGCUCCUAAAGCAGAGGUGGGCGUCAUUGCUAAGGCUUUGGUCAGGCUAAUGCGCAGUCACAGUGAAGUGCAGUAUGUCGUGCUUCAAAACGUGGCCACCAUGACCAUCAAGAGAAGGGGAAUGUUUGAGCCGUAUCUGAAGAGUUUUUAUAUCCGCUCCACCGACCCGACGCAGAUCAAAAUUCUCAAGCUGGAGGUUUUGACUAAUUUGGCUAACGAGACGAACAUCUCCACCAUCUUGAGAGAAUUUCAGACGUAUAUUAAGAGCAUGGAUAAGGAUUUUGUAGCUGCCAGCAUUCAGGCUAUUGGUCGAUGUGCUACCAACAUCGGUGAAGUCAGAGACACGUGUCUGAACGGCCUCGUACAGCUGCUGUCCAACAGAGAUGAGUUAGUUGUGGCUGAAUCAGUGGUGGUGAUCAAAAAGCUUCUCCAGAUGCAGCCCGAGCAGCACAGUGACAUCAUCAAACACAUGGCCAAACUCAUCGACAACAUUCAGGUCCCGAUGGCUCGUGCCAGCAUCCUGUGGCUGAUCGGCGAGUACUGUGAACACGUUCCCAAGAUUGCCCCUGAUGUCCUUCGAAAAAUGGCCAAAACCUUCACUAAUGAGGAGGACAUCGUCAAGCUGCAGAUCAUCAACCUGGCCGCCAAACUAUACCUUACUAACUCAAAACAGACUAAGCUGUUGACUCAGUAUGUACUGAACCUGGCAAAAUAUGACCAAAACUACGACAUCAGAGAUCGUGCCCGCUUCAUCCGCCAACUCAUUGUGCCCACCGAUAAGAGCGGCGCUCUCAGCAAAUACGCCAAGAAGCUUUUCCUUGCACUGAAGCCUGCUCCCGUCCUGGAGUCUCCAUUUAAAGACAGAGAUCACUUCCAGCUGGGGUCACUGUCUCACCUGCUGAACGCUAAGGCCUCCGGAUACCAAGAGCUGCCCGACUGGCCCGAAUCAGCGCCUGACCCGUCCGUGCGCAACGUGGAGGUUAUUAGGCUGCUCGAAAGAGUCACCACUUUAACCAGCAUUCCAGAGUGGAGCAAAUGCACAAGCCGGAAGGAUCGUAAGGAGAAGAAAGUGGAGAAGCCAUUUUACUCAGACUCUGAAGGAGAAUCUGGCCCGACCGAAUCAGCAGAUAGUGAAUCAGAUUCAGGCAGCGGGUCAGAAAGCGCCAGCGGCAGUGAAGAAAGCAGAUCCGCCAGAUCCGGUUCAGAGAGCGAAGACAGCGGAGAAGAGAGCGAAUCUGAGGAGGAAGAGGAAGACGAAGAGGAUCAGAAGAAAAAGAAGAAAAGAUUGGAAAAGACCAAAGCUAGGAAGGCGGUGGAGGAGAGUGCAGAAAGUGAGCAGAGCAGUGGUGCCGAGGACAGGAAACGAAGCAGGAAGAUGGUGAAGAAUCAGAAAAGUGUGUCAGAAUCAGACAGCGAAUCAGAGAGCAGCGAGUCGGAGGAGGAGUCAGAGGAAGAGUCAGAGGAGGAGUCUGAGUCAGACACUGACAUCAGAAAGAAGAAGGCGCCCGUAUCAAAACCACCUCCCAAACCAUCCAAAAAAGAGAGCAAGAAGGAGAAUAAAGAAAUGUCUUUGCUGGAUCUGGAUGACUUUGAACCGGCUCCAGCAUCGGCUCCGGUGACUCCAGUUAACUUCCUUUCCAGUAGUCUGGUGUCUGAUCUGGAGGGUUUGUCACUGACCGACACUAUUCUGGCCCCUACAACUAUCGCACCAUCCGGUUCAAUAAAGAUGUAUGAGCUCCUGCACCGUAUAACGGGCGAGGGUCUGGCGGUGGAGUACUGCUUCAGCAGGCAGCCCUUCAGUCCAGACCCCAACAUGGUGGCCGUGCAGAUCCAGUUCACCAACAACACCAACGCAGAGACCAAAAACCUGCACAUCGAGGAGCCGCGGCUGCAGUCCGGCAUGAGGAUUCGAGAGUUCUCUGAGAUAGAGGUGUUAGCGGCGAAUGAAUCGGUUACCGUGGUGAUGGGAAUAGAUUUCUGUGAUUCUACGCAAGCAGCAAACUUCCAGCUGUGUACUCACACGCGCAAGUUCUACGUUUCAAUCCAGCCCCCCGUCGGGGAGCUCAUGACUCCAGCGUUUCUGACGGAAAACGACUUUAAGAAGGAGCAAGGCAAACUAAUGGGAAUGAAUGAGAUCUCGGAGAAGUUAACACUGGGAGACAAGUGUGUGAACGAACAUGUCAUCGUUGAGAGAGUCACAGCCACUGCCAACUUAAGCAGAGUUCCCUGCGGUUCAGAUAAAGAGUGCAG